AUGGCAGACGUCAAAGACGAGAAGCGAUCCUCCUCGGAGCAGGAGCAAAACAACCAUGGUAAUGAAAACAACGCAGCAAUCCAAUCUACGGGGACUGAUGCCGAUGUUGGCACUGUUGAUGGGAAAUCCAUUGCGGUAGAGCGCAUCGAGUACCCCGAAGGCUCGCCUGAGGCAUACUACCGGAACUUUGAACCCAUCGCGGCGCUCAACCUGCCUGAUUGGCAGGCCACAGAACGUGCCUUGGUCCGCCGGCUGGACUGGACGCUGCUCCCAACCGUCUGGAUCUUGUACUUGAACAACUACCUCGACCGAACCAACAUCGCCCAGGCCAGACUCAACACCUUUGACGAAGACCUCGGUCUCCGGGGCGAUGACUACAACAAUGCAGUCGCCGUGCUGACCAUCGGCUACAUGCUGUUUCAGUUGCCGUCAAACAUGCUGCUGACCCGCGUUCGACCGGGCCUGUACUUGCCUCUCACGGCCAUUGUCUGGUCUGGAGUAUCCGCUGCCACUGCCGGUGUGCGAAAUUCUCAGCAACUCAUUGUUGUCCGCUUUUUUCUGGGGUGUCUGGAGGCUCCCUUGUUCCCUGGUUCUGUCUACCUCCUAAACUGCUGGUACACUCGCAAAGAAAUCGCCCUCCGGACCGCAAUCCUCUACUCGGGUCUGGUCCUCGCCCAGGCCCUGUCAGGUGUGCUCGCAGCCGGCAUCUUCUCGGGGAUGGAGGGACUGGCCGGGCUCGCCGGGUGGAAAUGGUUGUUCAUCAUCGAGUCACUCACCAGCACGGUGUGCGGCAUCUUCGCCUUUUGGACGCUUCCAGACUACCCGCACUCCAAGACUGGCAGCCAGCGCUACUUCAUGACCGAGGACAUGAGACGCCUUGCCGAGGCCAGGAUUGUCGCUGAUCGAGUCACGGGCUCUAGCGGCACGGGUAGGGUGGUGGAUGGUAUCAAAUUGGCGGUGACUGACCUCAAGACGUGGUCUUUUGUCCUUCUCAAUAUCUUCAUGACGGCCUCGUACGGCUUCAACUUCUUCUUCCCGACCUUAGUCCGCGGCCUCGGCAUCGGCGACAGCAUCACCUCGCUCCUGCUGACCUCACCCCCGUAUCUCCUCGGCGCCUGCGUGUCCUUUUUCGCCUCGUGGAACAGCGACCGCAUCCGAGAGCGUGGCUACCACAUCUGCUGUGGCCUGCUGGCCGCCGCCAUCGGCUACGUCAUCACCAUCUCGACCGACAACGUGCCUGCGCGGUACGCGGCCUCGUUUCUGUUUGCUCCGGGCUCCUUUUCGGCAAACGCAUUGGUGUACACGUGGGCCGUGUCGACGCUGGGCACGACGCCCGAGAAGAGGGCCGCCGCGGGUGCCAUCGUCAACAUCUUUGGGCAUCUGGGCAACGUGGUGUCGCCGUACUUUUUUAGAGAUGAGGAGCAGCCUGUUUACCGGACGGCUUUCAUCCUCAUGUUGGUGUUUGGAGCGACUGCGUUUGGGAUCGCAUUCGGCACAAAGAUGUUCCUCAAGUUCCACAACAAGAAGCUCAGAAAGAGGUCUGAUGAGACGGCCGAGGUCUACAAUCCGUACAUCUUGUAA